GUGUGUACAUUAGCUCAAAAAAAAAACACCCGCGAAUUUCUUGCUUUUUCAUUUUUAAUUUUUAAUAUAUAUUUAUUUUUUGAGGCGCUUUAUAUAAAUCUCGUACUCGAAGCUCGUCGAUACGGUUCUCAGGUCAGCUUUCUGAUUUUUUUGAAUACAAAUACAUACACUUUUUCAAAGCCAUUUCUACUGUGCGCUUCACACAGUAGCCUCUGAAAAAGUCUUUGCAUUUAUAGGGUUUUAACGUUCAAUUCAACAUGGUUGCUACAGAACUAGGGUUUUCUGAUGUGGGUUUUUGAUGGUUUUACUGUAUAUUGAAGUUACAAGUUUAAUUUUCAAUUAUUGUAUACUGUUUUAGUUUUUUUCUUGGUUGUGUUUUUUUUUUUUUUUUUGGUUAUGGAAUUUGUCAUUACUGCAUUAAUGAGUUCAGUUGUGUUUUGCUAGUUGGAUUUUGCAGUCUGCAUCAAUUUGAUAAAAAGUUAUGUAUUGCAUUUUAGAUUUUCUUUUGGGACUAUAUGUAUUGGCAAAUGUUUAAUAAUUGCUUUUUAAUUGAUAUACAUGACGAUUUUGAUACUUAAGAGUAAUGGGUUGUGUGUGUUUUGAGUAAAACUUCUCAUUUCCAAAGGAAAGAUGUGAUUUUGGUGAGUUUUUAUUUGCAUUUGCAUGUCUAGGUGUGAAUGCACUUCCAUAUGCAUGCAGUAGCUGUAGUGCUAUUUGCAUUUCCUCACUGUUGUUUCUCAUGGGAUGCAAUCUAUGACUCGGUGCCCUGUAAAUGGAUUUAGUUUUUUGAGCUUGACUGGCUCUACGCGUGGCAGAGUUGUGUUGUCUUAUGGGGGAUUGUUUAAUCAUUUGUGGAUUGAUUUGGUGAUUGUUAACUUAUGAUAUUGAUUUCUAUCCCAGGAAGCACCAAUAUGGAUACAGAAUACAUAUACAAUUCAAUACCAACACAGCGAUUUGUCAAUUCUUGAAAAUUUAGUAUACAAUAUGGCAUGGAUGCUUCAAUUAAUUGAUAUAAAAGUAAACAUUCCUAGGUAAAUAUUAUGCUAAUUUUCAGUUUAAAGAUAGACAAGAAAUGUUAAUAGGUGCAAAAUAUGUUUGAAUGAUGAAACCAAUUAAGAAGCUAUUAGUUUCAUAGAGGGGAAAUGGGUGAAAGAGGGAGUGAAAAAUUAUAAAAAAUUAAGUAUCUUGUGAGAGUAUCCAUAUUGGAUGUGUGUCCAAUACAUGUAUAAAUGCUAGUUGAAAUAAUUCAUGCUUCCUAGGCUCUGUCUAAUAUGCCACUUGCUGCAAGAAUACCUGUGUGGAAUGCAUGCAAUUUCACCAAUUUUAAGUGUUGAAGAUUGAGGUUCAAUAACCAUCAUGGACCCUGCUUCCAAAUAGAAAAAAUCUGAUGUCUUCUAUGCAACUCAAGUUCCGCAAUGCUCGCUAUGCAUCAUUUCAUAAUUGGAAGGAGCGGGAGUUGCUUCUCAUACAGAUUCCUUUUUACAUUUGAAAUUUCCAUAAGUAUUACUUGUACUAGGUCCCAUUGUCUGCCCUCAACUUUUAGCCCUUGGAGUGACUUCAACAUAAUCAAGCUUUUUGCCGUCCUAAAUUGCAAAAUAAUUUUCAAGAAUGACGCUUGCUAUGGAAGAACCAUCAUGUAGUUCUGCAGUAGAAGCCAUUGACUUAAUUUCAGCAGUGAAGGGGUUGCAUGGGCUUAGCUCCCUGGAACUUCAUAAGUUAUUGAGGGACUCCGAAAACUUCACUAUUCACUACCUUAAUAAAAAGGGGUCAUCAAUUAAGAUUGAUAUGGAGAAGCUUGCAGCAUUUCUUCCCUUACACCUUAUGGCAGUGCUUAUGUCAUCUGACAAAGAUGAAACCCUGUUCAGAUACUUGUUAUCCGGCAUUCGUCUCUUACAUUCAUUGUGUGAUUUAGCACCUCGACACGCUAAACUUGAGCAGAUUUUGCUAGAUGAUGUCAAGGUGACAGAGCAGCUGCUUGACCUGGUGUUUUAUUUGCUAAUUGUUCUUGGUGGUUAUAAACAGGAAACCCGUAAUGACUCCAUGCCCCUUAUGCAUUCAGCAAUGGUGGCAUGCAGUCUAUAUCUAUUAACAGGAUGUAUAUGUUCACAAUGGCCAGAUCUUGCUCAUGUAUUGCUUGCACACCCUAAGGUUGACGUAUUUAUGGAUGCUGCUUUUGGAGCAGUUCUUGUAGCCAUUAGGUUUCUCAACAUCAAGCUGUCAACUCAAUAUCCUGUUUCAUGUAUGAAAUCAAAUCUGACUGCUGAACAAAUAGUUAACUAUCUCUGCCAGCAAUGUGAGGCUUCUUUACAGUUUCUUCAAUCAUUGUGCCAACAAAAAAUGUUUCUGGAGCGCCUACUCAGGAAUAAGGAACUAUGUGAAAAGGGUUGUGUUCUGUUUUUGGCGCGAGCCAUCUUGAAACUAAAUGUCACACCGCCUUUUGUAGAAUCCUCCAGAGUUGUGGCUGCUGUAUCUAGGCUGAAAGCUAAAGUCCUAUCAAUUCUGUUGAGUCUGUGUGAAUCAGAAAGCCUCUCUUACCUGGAUGACGUUGCUAGUUCACCAGGGAGCCUGGAUUUGGCAAAAUCUGUAGCUUUAGAGGUUUUUGGGUUAUUGAAGACUGAGCUUGGUAGGGAUCCCAAACAUCUUGCUUCCUGCUCUGACAGAUGUUACCCCAUGGGUUUUUUACAACUCAAUGCAAUGCGCCUAGCUGACAUCUUCUCAGAUGAUUCAAACUUUCAUUCUUACAUUACAAUAUACUUUACAAAAGUUCUGACUGCAAUAUUUUCACUUCCUCAUGGAGAUUUCGUAUCUAGUUGGUGUUCUUCUAACCUCCCAGUAAGGGAAGAUGAUUCUACUCUUGAGUAUGAUUCAUUUGCAGCAGCUGGAUGGGUUUUGGAUAAAUUUUCAUCAUUGGACCAACCAAAUGAAACAAAUUUGGAAUUUACUUUAAUUCCCAAUAGCAUACGUCAGGCUUCCUAUGCGCAUCAGAGAACAUCAUUAUUUGUCAAAAUAAUAGCAAAUCUUCAUUGUUUUAAUCCCAACAUCUGUGAAGAGCAGGAGCGGAACCUCUUCCUUCACAAGUUUGUAGAGUGCUUGAAAAUGGAUCUAUCAAAAUCAUUGCCUGGUUUCUCCUUUACUUCUGAUGCUCCAAAAGCUGCCAGUGUUUGCAGGAAUCUGCGUUCAUUGCUAAGUCAUGCAGAAUCUUUAAUUCCUAAUUUUUUGAACGAGGAAGAUGUACAGCUCCUAAGGGUGUUCUUUAACCAAUUACAAUCAUUAAUUACUUCUGCUGACUUUGAGGAAAAACAAGUGCAGGAGGCUCAGAGUCCAGAGGGAUGCUCAUCACCUUUUCUGAGGAAAGAACCUCCAAAUUCUAAUGGCCAACAUGGUAACUUAGAGAAGGAAAUGUUCAAGGAUUCUGCUUUUCAAGAAAUGGACCAGUUUUGCAUCAAAAGGGGACAUGUGGAACAUGGUGAUGAUAUGAUGACGCAAGAUAGGAGGGAGGGUAAAGGUAUAUCCAGUACAAGAGCAUCUGAAGGUUUGAGAGAAAUGGACAGAGAUGCUCAGAAUAUUGAAACAAGUGGUUCAGAUACGAGUUCCACUAGAGGAAAGAAUGCCAUUGAUCAAAUGGACAAACAAGUUGAAACCAUUCAGUGUGAAGAAAAGCAGCAAAGAAAACGGAAACGAACUUUAAUGAAUGAUAGGCAGAUGAAUAUGAUCGAGAGGGCUCUCUUAGAUGAACCUGAUAUGCAGAGAAAUGCAGCUUCCGUACAAUCAUGGGCUCAUAAAAUAAGUCUUCAUGGUUCAAAGGUUACAUCUGCACAGCUAAAGAACUGGCUGAACAACCGGAAAGUCAGGCUAGCUCGUGCCCGUGCGGCUAAGGCUGUUCGUGCAGCACUAGAGGUUGAAAAUGGUCUUCAAGACAAGCACAGUUCACUGAGACUAGCCAAUGACUCACCUGAGAGUCCUGGUGAAGAUUCUUAUGUCCCAAGAGAUGCUUUUGGAGAUCCUCAAAGCAUUCUGGGAGCUAGUGAUGGUGAAAACUCUAUGAUUGUCCAGUCAAACUUUAUUGUUGUUGGCCGCGCAGAUUUUGUCCAGUGCAAGCCAGGUCAGUGUGUAAUGUUUGUAAAUGUGAAAGGAGAGGAGAUUGGUAAGGGAAAGGUGUAUCAGAUGCAUGGUGAAUGGUAUGGAUGGAAGUUGAAGGAACGAAAGACAUGCGUGCUGGAUGUUUAUGAGCUUAAGGUUGAGAAAGGGACUAUUCUUCCUCACCCUUCUAAAUCUACAGGCAUGUCAUUUGAAGAGGCUGAAACAAAGAUAGGGCUAGUUAGAGUGUUGUGGGAUUUAAGCAGAAUAUUCACUAUCCGACCUCAGUGAAUGUAUAUCCCAUUCUUAAAGUGGCUGGGGGGAUAGUUUCUUGUUACAUGCAAGCUGUCAAUUGUACAUCUUUUAGACACAAACCAAGAAUAAGUUUAGCAAAAAGAAAAGAAAUCAAUUAUAG